GUGAUGGAAAGACUUGAGAAUGCUACCUGGAGGCGCCAGCAGGACCUGGAAGAUGCACUCAAGAAAUACCUGAACAGCACGGAGGACUACCUGGCCUACCUGUGCGGGCCUCGGCGAAGCCACCUCUUCCUCCCCAUGUCUGUGGUGUACGCGCUGAUUUUUGUGGUGGGGGUGGUGGGCAAUGUCCUGGUGUGCCUGGUGAUUCUGCGGCACCAGAGCAUGAAAACACCCACCAACUACUACCUCUUCAGCCUGGCCGUCUCCGAUCUCCUGGUCCUGCUCCUCGGCAUGCCCUUGGAAGUCUAUGAGAUGUGGCGCAACUACCCCUUCCUGUUCGGGCCGCUCGGUUGCUACUUCAAGACGGCACUCUUUGAGACUGUGUGCUUUGCCUCCAUCCUCAGCAUCACCACGGUCAGCGUGGAGCGCUACGUGGCCAUCCUCCACCCACUCCGGGCCAAGCUGGAGAGCACCAGACGGCGGGCUCUCAGAAUCGUGGCCGUGGUCUGGGGCUUCUCUGUCCUUUUCUCUCUGCCCAAUACCAGCAUCCACGGCAUCAAGCUCCACUACUUCCCCAAUGGCUCCUUGGUCCCCGGCUCUGCCACCUGUGAGAUCAUCACGCCCAUGUGGAUCUACAACUUCAUCAUCCAGGUCACUUCCUUCCUCUUCUACGUCCUCCCCAUGACUGUCAUCAGUGUGCUCUACUAUCUCAUGGGGCUCAGACUGAAGAAAGAUAAAUCCCUUGAUGCAAAGGAAGUGACCACAAAUAUUCAAAGACCCUCCAGAAAAUCAGUCACCAAGAUGCUGUUUGUCUUAGUCUUAGCGUUUGCUAUCUGUUGGACCCCAUUCCAUAUUGACCGACUCUUCUUCAGCUUUGUGGAAGAAUGGAAUGAAUCCCUGGCUGCUGUGUUCAAUCUCAUUCAUGUGGUAUCAGGUGUCUUCUUCUACCUGAGCUCAGCUGUCAACCCCAUUAUCUAUAACUUACUGUCUCGCCGCUUCCAGGCAGCGUUCAGGAACGUGAUCUCUCCUUCCUGCAAACGGGGGCACACCCAGCAUCACUCACAGGAACCACCUACACAGCGGAACAUUUUCUUGACAGAAUGCCACCUUGUGGAUCUGACUGAAGAUGCAGGUCCCCAGUCACCCCCCUGUAACACUCACCUCUCCAGCAGCCCUCUGCACUCUACAGGAAUCAUAAGAGGAGCUGUUAAAAGUGCCACCUUUAGGAGGCCUGAACUUUUUGAGUUUACAGAGAGGCAGAUCCUAUAAUCUAUGCCUUCUUUUUAUGACCUUAAGGAGGUAAAAUGGCUCUAAAAACCUAUGUACCCAUUUCUACUUUUUUUAAAGCAAACUACAAACUCAGACUUAGAUCGGGGCCCCCAAAUCCAGAAUCUUCUUAUUUUAAAUUAAACUAUUUUUCUGCUAUCCUAACCUCUGCAUGCCGCCUCACUAGUUCAUGAAGAGAACAUGACUAGCAAAGCAUGGCACCAAUAUUUGGAGUGAUUUCCAUUACUGGGGAUGGUUUUCCUCAAUUACCUACCCUCUGAGUUAGGCUGUCACUCCCACAACCAAGGGCCAUGGAGCUGGACUAAGAUGGGCAUGCUGGUACUAUUCAACUCUGUAUGCUUGGAGGAACCCCCAUCACUGUUGAUCCACAGCAAUCUAUUUAUCCUACUGUCUCAUCUACUCCCAUUACAAUCCAAUGCCUUAGAGUCCUGAAGUCUUUUACAUUAACUUCCCUGAUGACAUGGGAAUGCUCCUUCGAACUGAUAUGCCCUACACCCCAGCCCCACCCACUCCAGCCCCCAAGUCAUUAUAAGUUAUUCCUCAUCAGCGAGCCGGCGCCGUGGCUCAAUAGGCUAAUCCUCCACCUUGCGGCGCCGGCACACCGGGUUCUAGUCCCGGUUGGGGCACCGGAUUCUGUCCCGGUUGCCCCUCUUCCAGGCCAGCUCUCUGCUAUGGCCAGGGAGUGCAGUGGAGGAUGGCCCAGGUGCUUGGGCCCUGCACCCCAUGGGAGACCAGGAAAAGCACCUGGUUCCUGGCUCCUGCCAUCGGAUCAGCGCGGUGCGCCGGCUGCAGCGGCGGCCAUUGGAGGGUGAUCCAACGGCAAAGGAAGACCUUUCUCUCUCUGUCUCUCUCUCUCACUGUCCACUCUGCCUGUCAAAAAAAAAAAAAAAAGUUAUUCCUCAUCAGGAAUAAUGUCAGAUAUGAAUUCAACUUAGGAAAGAAUGGGAAGAGAGAGGAGGGUGUGGUAGCAGGUCAAAAGAGAUAUAAACUGUAACAAAAAGUAAUUUUCAUAAUGUGGUCUAUUUGUGGCCCACUAUCUUGGAACAAAGAUAAGUAGCAUGCAAUGACUGGUCUUAAACCCAUCACUUUUGCCUAACCAAGCUCCUAUUACCUAGACAAUGAUUUUCACACGUAUUACGUGGGCAAAGUCUCCUUCUCACACUCACCUUCCAUUACACCAUCACAAGUAAUGCACAUUCGGGUCUAACUGGAUGACUUGAACUUAGGAAAAUGUGUCCCACAGUAUUCCUUGGUUGUACAUAGUAUGCCUCUUCAUCACUGACUUCCAGCCAUUUCUACCCUACCCAUCCUUCAGUGCUCCUCUCAAGGUUUUACCUCCAAGAAGCUGUUAUCUCUUUCAAGUGGUUCUUAACUCUUUGCUUUGCAUUAUACUGAUUUGUAUUCUUGCUUUACCAAAAUGUAUAUUUGUCAAAAGCAUGAAGUAUCUUGCAUUCAUGUUUUUCUAUUGUUGAAACCCUGGCAAUAUGUGUGUCACAAUGGUAGAAGUUCAAUAAAUAUGUCAUGGAUUAAGUUGGCUUCACAGUCUAAUGUACGGACCAGACAACAGUUCUAAAUAGAACCAUGCUCAGAGCCAAAAUACUAAAUCACAUUUCAGACAGGGAUAUUUGAACUUCAAUUGUCCAUUUAAUCAGUUGUUCUAAUAAUGCCAUGCCUGCUGUGUAUGUGGUAGAAGAAGCCCCCUCUGGGUCUCAGGGACAGCUGAUGCUGAAGCAGGCAAGUUCUAACAUUUAGUUGCACCAUACCCUUAAAUUGAAUGAAUGACCCCAUUGAUCAAAGACAAUAUUGGUCUCUGACAUCAUCAUUUACCAACUUAAUAGUCAUAUUCAAAAUGAAUUGACAUUAAAAAGAAGUAAAAACAAAAUUCCUUGCAAAUUACAAUCUAACUUUAAUUAACCUCUUAUGACAGUUCAUGCUGUUAAAGCAGAAUUCUCUCUUCACUUGAGGAUUAAACUGAAAAGACAUAACAAAACCCCAGAAUGAAAGACAAAUGAGUUUGCUUCUUUCAUUUAAAAGGAGACAUUCUUAAAUGAGAAUCUAGCAGAGUCAUUGUACAUAACUUCAGUUCCUAAGGACCAGCACUGGAAGUGCUCCUGGAGCUGGUCAACGGAUGGACAAAGAAGCAAUGCUAAACCUGAAGAUAACAAGUUGGUUACUUGAUAAACUUAGUCUCUUUUUAUUUGCUCCUCAUUUAACUUUUUCUCUUACAACUAGCAUUAAAAAUUAUCAUUUACUCAUUAAUUCUUUUGUUCACAAAAUCUUCACUUAGUGUCCAUUUGAAAAUAUGCAUCAGGCCAAGUUAUGAAUUUCCUAGCCUGGAAAGUUUACAUCUAGCAGAAGAGAUGACUAUCCUAGAAACCCCUACC